CGAGGGAGGAAAUCGUCAGGUCACCGCAUGACCAAUCACGUUUCCGCUCAUUCUUUCACUGAUUAGCGUGCCUCCAACUCCCACGCAUGUAGGUACAGUCGUCGAGGAAGCAUAAAAUUGGCAACUUUGUCGAAAACAAGUUCAUUUGUCGGUCGAGUUCCGUGUGAAGAACACACCAGACGACUGGCGUCCGUUGCGUUACAGAUAUUUUUUCAUGGUUGUUGCGAACUGCAUGACUAAAAUUCCGACGGAUUUUUUUUCAAGUCGUGUCAUCCAGUAGGCUGGAAUCGGCCAGUUCUGCUGGCAGCAAGGUUUGAAAAGAAAAUGGCGGCUCGUCUUCAACUGUUCCUUUUGCUAGUCACGUGUCUUUGUUGUGCAGACUCACAAGGCACACCAAAUACAACAGGAAUUCCUUCUGCUACCGACCCCGAUGCCGAGCGCGAUACCGAUACCACCCUGCCCAACGCAGCCGAAGAGCCGACCACACCGGCCGGUAGGGAGAUACCGUAUGCCUGUCCGACAUGGCGCAACAAGUGGCACACCUGUCGAGGCGGAGGCUGCGGGGAACCCACCUGGAGGCAGAACUACUGUCACUGCGAUCCGCUCUGCGUAACGUACGGCGACUGCUGCUCGGAUUACGAGGAGCUCUGCGGAGUCAGAACCGACGAAGAUGGUGUGACACUGGCUGGAGUCGGCGCUACCGACGGGGAUAGAAGUUCCGGUGACGAGAACAUCGAGCAAGGCUUGUCAGCAGGUUCGACUGCGGAUGGGGGCCUGACGAAGUGCGUCCAGACGGUCCAGUUUGACCCUGAGGGACCUAAGCCCCGGUCUGGGUACCGGCUUGUGGCGGUCUGUCCACGGGACUGGACCGGGGCUGCGUCAGUCCGCAAGCUCUGCCAAGAGACGGUCGGGAUGGCCGGACUAGCUGCCGUACCGGUGGAAGGAUCUGACGGACGCCAUUACCGGAAUGUCUACUGCGCCCUUUGUCACGGGCUACCUCACACUAAUGUCACCUUCUGGUCCAUCUCCUACCAAGAAAAGCAAAGAUCGAUUCCACCGAGAACACUUAACACCAGCCAGCUCCUGCAACUCGCAAAGGGUCAGAUCCAAAGUGACAACUACACGAAGUUUUUCAGGCCUCCCGGUUUCGCCUCGGAGAGCGUAGCGGAUUCUUCGCUUCGGACAUGCAUCAUUUUGGACGCGGAUUCUUGUCCAAUCAGCGAUCCCCGUGCGCUGGAGCUCUGCCAAAGGCACUACGCGCCAAUCGCUUGGAACGGGACGACCUACCGGAAUUUCGCCUGCUUGUGUGACGACGUCGACACACAGGCUUUUUCCACCGACACUCUGAGCAGUUGGUGCCCGAUAUCUAUAAAUAAACAAAGAGCUCCGCCGCUUUCUAUGGCAAGUCUGCUGGUUUUCUCGGACCGUACCGACAUCGGCGGCAGUCUAACUGAUGAGGGGUCCGUGGGCAGCGCCUCUGCCUGCACGCGUCGUCAAAUCUACGAUCCUUUCUUGGCAUCCUGCCGAGACCUGAGCUGCCCGGACGGCUUUGCCUUACAGGACGGCGGCGUGAGAUGCGCGAGAAUUCGCGAGACUGGGACUGGGACUGAGAGAACUGGCUCGAUAGCGAACGUUGAGGUCGCCCUCACCGUCACCGGUAGUCUCCGCCAGGACCCUGAUGCACGAAGUACGCAUAUGUCAACUGAAAUUUGGGAAGAAAUUGCUCACCAAGCUGGCAAAGAUUAUCAAUCCGGAAUCUUUGCCUGCAAAUUCGCCGAUGAAGGGAUGGAGAACAAUCAGAUCGUCCAGGAAAAUGAAUUUUGUGGCAACUCGGGUGUCAAAUGGUCAUGUACAAAGGACGUCGCCAUAUUGGAUUCUGGGGCUGCGUGCCUCACAGGUAGCUUAUUUACGUGCAGCGUUAACAUGACAUUCGUAACUACGGCGCCCUCAAUCGAGCAGUUCCUUGCCGAGAAUGAAAUGGUUUCCAGGCAGUGCUUUGCUAGAGAGGUUGGGAACCAUACAAUUCGACCAGACCAUCUUGCAAUCUCAACUCCUUGCGAAACUCUAUCAAAUGAUACUCCAUUGUCCAUUGUGAGACAUGUCUCCACUUCGAAAGUUGCUUACGUUCGGGACAAUGACUCAGGGCAUCACGUGAUCUCGCAGAAUGAUACCUGCAUGGAAGUGAGUGCCGACUGCCCUCUGUUGACGUUUUCCAGAGAAGAUUACGUCAUCACGGGCGCCCUCAACGACUCGAUCAGGCUCAAUGCGCACGACCGCGUGCUCCCUAAUGGCGAGUUCCACAUGAAGCCCAACGGGGACGUAGAGGUGUGUAACUUUCUAUCACCGGGGGCGCCCUCUACCGCCGUGCCCACCCUUACGUGGGACUACGCCCACCACAUCUUGACCAUCACCGGCAGUAGCUUGUCUCUGAUUGGUCUGGUUGUCACGAUUGCUACCUACGUCGCGUUCCCGACUCUGCGUCGCAACGCGGCCGGGAAGGCACUGAUGAGUCUGGUGGCGGCACUCUUUCUCGCCCAGUUUACAAUGCUCGUAGGUCUUAAUCGCACUGACGUCCCCGCUCUGUGCGUCACAUUCGCGAUCAGUUCCCAUUUCUUCUGGCUCGCCGCGUUCUUCUGGAUGAACAUCCUGGCCGUGGACAUCUACCGCACCUUCGGCAUCGGCACCAGUCUAAGUGACCCCAACGUAAGGUCAUUCCUUCGCUACGCCCUCUACGGCUGGGGCGCGCCAACCCUCAUCGUCGCCACCGUCGCCAUCUUGAGCUUCUGCGACUGCGUGGACGCCGACGUCUCCUACGGCACUGCGCAUGCGUGCUGGGUCGGCAACGGGACGGCCAACUUGCUGUCCUUCGGCCUUCCGAUUGUUGUGAUUCUCUGCUCCAAUGCGGUCCUAUUUUCUCUCACCGUGGCGGGUGUCAAGAGGACGCGGAUGGCAUCCAAGCGGAUGAAUAUCACCCAGGGGCAGAGCGGUUCUGCGGCAAAAAGGCCUAACAACGACCUUUUCCUGUACCUGAAGUUAACAGCCAUCAUGGGUUUCACCUGGGUCUUCGGCUUCGUAGCCUCCUUCUCAGGCGUCGAGUUCUUCUGGUAUCCCUACAUCGCCCUGAACUCCCUCCAGGGGGCGCUCGUCUGCCUGGCCUUCGUCUGCAACCGGCGCGUGCUGGCCAUGUGGAGGUCGUGGCUGAAGUCACGGCGCGGACGCUACCUGGCCGACCAAUCAGACACGUCCGGAUCGUGUCGAGGUCAGAGGUCAUUCAAAGCGUCCUUGACCGAACAGAGCCACGUGGAAAGUGGGUCUAAAACCACAGAUAUGUAAUUAACACUAAUUAAUUUAGACCAAAACGGUCUAAAUGUUAUUAAAUAAAAAAA